AGGAAUUACAGACCCGUGUAAGCGAAAUACUAGGAGUUACACAGACACUGUCCAUGGAAGGGCAGAAUUUUGAAGCUCUUGCACAGAAAAUGUCGUCUUGGAUAAAAAGACUUAAUGAAUCCGUUAUUGGCUUGGGUUCACUGGAAGGCGAGUUGCCACUGGAGGAAAGGAUACAUCAAAUAAAGGAAAUAAUUGUUCUCAAAGAUGACGGAGAUUCUAAAAUGCAAAACAUCAUAGCCCUGGGGAAAAUCUUAAUGAAUAUGGAGGGAGCCACGGACUGUGCCAUUCAGCAGACUAUUUCUGAUCUCCAGAAUCAAUGGGAGUGCACUGUUGAUUUAGCUACUGAAUAUCUAAGCCACCAAGAACAGAUUCAGCUUCAAAGAAAACAGUACUCACAAAGCAAAAAAGAUUUGAGAUUGGUGCUGACUGAAUUGAAGAAGCAGCAACAGGAAUUGAGUCCUGAUGUUCAGGCUGGUUUGCAGGAGAAACAAGCACAGAUAACAAACUAUAUAAAACUCCUGCAAAAAGCAGAGAGUUUAACAUUCCUAUUACAUGAAUUAAAAAGCCAAGGAGAUUACCUAAAGGACUGCGUUGAGGAUUCCUGCUUCAUGGAAGAAUCAUGGUUAGAACUAAAACAUCUGCAUGAAAGUCUGCUCAGCCAGUUGCAGGACUUACCACAGGCACUGGAAGGUUACGGUCAAGAAUACCAAGAGUUCCAGGAUACAUUGGCAGUCUUGAGUAGCAAGCUGAAUAGGCAAUGUGAGGAAUUUUGCCAUUUCACUGAUACCUCGGUGGAAAAGCCAGCAGCUGUUCAACAUCAGUUGAAAUUGCAGGAACAAGCACCUCUUAGUCAAUGUGAAGACAAGUUAAAGAAGAUUUUGGCUUUAGCAGAAUCUGUGGAAGAAAACACUUCUUCAUCGGGACAGAAGAUUUCUAAGGAUGCAGUGGAAACACUUCAGUGUAAACACAGAAGUUUGAAGGAGAGACUUAAAAAUGUCAAGCAAACGGGUGAGAAUAGUCUCAGAGACACUCCAGAUUCAAAGCAUGCCUUUGCUGAUGAAACCAAGACCCAAGAUAAGUCAGAUAAAAUGAUAGAGAGAGAGAACCAGGUCUUUUCUGAUACUCCCACUGUUGUUGAAGAGAACAGCAGAACAGAAGAGCUGGAAGAAGACUGGAAAAUGGAUAUUUGUCAAGGUUUAAAUGGAAAUGUAGAAGACCAAGAGCAACAACAUAAUCUGUAUUCUGAAGAAAACAGAUUAUUGGCAGACAGUCCAAAUAGUCCUCUAAAAGAUCAAAGCAAGAAUAUACAAGAGCAAACAGUUCAGCACCACAAGGAGAAAUCCAGUGAUGGAAAUAAUCAAGCAUACAGAGAAAAUGUCCAGCAGUUCCAACAAUGGCUGUGCAGAGAGGAGCAAAUGCUGAAUUCCUUCACAUCUGAAAAAGAGAGACCAUCCUCUAAAGAAACAGUUCCCAUUCUUGAGGGUUCAAAUGUGGAAAUGGCUUUCCAGAAGCAACUUCUUUGUGAAGCCCAAGCAAAUGCUGAAUAUAUUGUGAAGGAGCAAAAGGUCUCUGAGCUGAAAAAUCAAGCUGCAGAAUUGGAUAUUGUGUUAGUAAAUGAGCAACUAAGAGAGCUAGAGAAUUUAUACACUGAAUUAGAAAAACAGAGAGCCACAGCUUUGUCUCUCAGGCAAGACAUAUCCCCUCGCUCAAGAGAAAGAAGUACAUCCAACCUGCAAACCACAGAAGAUACGGUUUCUUGCUGGGACAGGUUGCUUAAAGAAUUGGAAGCCAUUAAAGAGGUUAAACAACAUCAUCAUCAUCUAGUUAAUGAUUACUUGGGGAAUCUGUCUGCUGUUCAGUCUUCCAUGAAAAUUUUAUCAACAGAAAAGGAAAACAUAAAAACGGGCCCUGUGAACCACAUAGUCCUGGAGAAAAUUAAAAAAAUUAUGGAUUCAAUACAGAAGGAGAGAGAUGUUUUAAACAAGCUGAAAACUGAACAAGAUAAUUUAUCUGGGCAUCUGACAUGCAUAGAUAAGGAAUUAACAGAAAACCAAGUGAAGCAACUGGAGCGAUGGUGGGAACACAUAGAGCAAUCAGUGCAAAAGAAACAUUAUCAAGUUGUGUCAGAAAUUGAUGAAUUUAACCUUCUCAUGAAUAAAGCACAGGACCUUCAAAAGUUGAUACAACACCAGCAACGUUUACAGGCUGAGUUGAAUCCUGAAGAUGGACAAAAAAACAAAUGUCCAUUACUUUGGACCUCAGAGCUACAGGCCAUUAAAUACAGUGUUUCUCUGUUAAAAGGAAGCACUGAGCUACAGAUGAAAAGGAUUUGGAGUGAGGAAGAAAAGAAAACUUUGGAAAAUUCAAUACAUGAUUUGCAGAAUCAGUUGGAAGUACUGGCGCACCAAAUUCCUCAGGAGGAUGUUUGGAUCCUUGUCUCUGAUCCCAAGAAAUACGAAAUCACAAGAAGGAUAAAAGACAAUAUUUCAUGGGUCAAAGAUUCAUUGUUUUCUCUUGAUCAGAAGGCAGCACUUUUCCCAGAUGAUAUUACAAUACAGAUCAGAAAUUGCAAGGCUGUGAACAGUGAAGCUCUAGAUAAAGAAACUACUCUCGAGUUACUGGCUGAUGAGACCCAGUCUAUCAUUUCUGAUUUGAAUCCAGAGGAAGUUACUUACCUGAGUUCCCUUUUACAAGAAUUGCAGAAGUCAUACCAGGCAUUUGUUUUAAAAUCAGCUCAAAGAUUACAACAGCUAGAAUUCCAACUGGAAAAGAGGCAGCGACUUAUUGCAGAAAUACAAAGAGUUCACAGCCAGCUUCAGAACGCUGAGACACUGACUAUUCCUGACAUAAAUGAAACAAGCACAGGGUCUGAACUAGGAAAUCUAUAUGGCAUUUUAAAGGACCUUUCAAAGGAAAUACAGGAGAGUGAAGAUCUCAUCUCAUCACGUCUCCAAGAGAGUCAACACUCACAUGGGGAGCUAAACAUAUUCGAACAAUUAUUUCUAACUGACCAGUUAAGAUGCCUUAAGAAUAGAGCUAGGAAAAUACAAAGGUUAAUCCAGAAUAAAUGCCAUGCAGUGGAAAAAAAGGUAGCCAUUUACACAGAGCUCUCUGAAAGGAUAACUUCAUUGAAUCAGGAGCUUAAUGAUCUAUGGUGUGAUAUACUGAAACUGGAGGGAGAGGAAAUAUUAAGUGUAAAAGAGGAAGUUAAGGAUAAACUCAAUGUCCUUCAAAAAAGAAUUUUUGAUGUUCAAUCUAGUUUGUUACAAAUAAUGAAAUACAAGGAAAUAUUUGACUGUCUAAGGCUAAAUUGGGACACUUCACACCUUGAUGAAUUACAAACUCAAUUUCUUGAAAUUAAAAAUAAACUUGAAGAGAAGAUUAAAUGCUUUGACAACUGUGUUAUAGAAUCUGUCAGGCACCAAGCAUUACUCAGUGAAAUCCAGACCAUGAUAUCGAAUAUAAAGCAUGAAGCCGACAUGCUAACAAAUAGCCCUGGCUCUUCCUCGGAAACCAAUUUUGUAUCAGCACAGAUUUUGUGCCAGAGAGUUCAACAAGUCAGGCACUUAAUCCAGGAGGCAGCAAAUCAAUUAAAUCUAAAUGAAGUCUUUGCUAUAUCACUGAAAAAAGCUAAGGCACAGCAAAUCAAGAGCCUGGAGGAAGAUAUUGACGGUUUGCAUCAAUUUCUCCAAGAUAUUAUAUUGGAUCUUCAGGCAGAGUAUGCAAAUAAACAAGAUUUCCAGAGCACACUGGAACACACAUUGCAUACCAUAAAGCAAAUUAAAUCUGAGUUUCAGCAGCCACUAGUGGUAGACUUGGAAAUGAAAAUAAUUCAGUCUGAAAAAAUGCAUUGUGAAGCAAUUCAGGACUGGGUGCAAACAGAAUUUUGUGCCAUUGUAGAUCUAAUGGGUAAAGAGAGAGAAAAGCAAGAACCACCAUCUUGUCUUAUUGCUGACGUAGAAGCAAAAUUAGAUGAACUGGAAAAUCUUCAAAUACAGCUGAAGACAGAUAUUGCUUCCCGUCUAAAUGCCCUUGAUGAAGCUCAAGAGAAGGUCAAGCUGUAUACCGAAGCUGUUCAGAGGGCUUCCGAUCUCCUGACUGAAUAUGAAGCCAGAAUUCUCUCAGCAAAAGUCGGCCUUGGUAGCCUACAAGAGUCCUGUCAAAUCCCACAUUGGAAACUAGAAGAAUUUGAGUCUGCCAAGGCGGACAUAGAGGAUCUGUCUGCCAAAUUGGAAAACGUCAUUACACCUAGAGCCAAACAACAACUGAAACAAACUUUAAGUGAACUAGUCACUAAGAAUUCAGUAUUAAGGGAGAAGGCCCAAAGAAGGAGGGCUGAUGUGCAGAGGUACUUUGAAAAAUACAGCAACUACUCAAAAAUCAAAGAGAAGAUAUGUGCUAAUCUCAACAAAAUGGAAAAGAUCCUUGGACAAUCAUUAUCCUCAACUCCAAGGUCUUAUAAGGAAGCACUUGAGCACUUGGAGCAAAGUAAGGUUUUGGUGUCUCAAAUUCUUUCGGCUGAAGAGGAUCUCAUGACGUUGAGACGGGAUUCAAGAGAUCUGAGCAUGAUGUGCAAAGGUGAUGGCAUGCUUGUCCAGUUUGUGUCCACACUGUGGGGCAAGUGGCUUGGUUUGCUCGAGGCUGCAAAAGAAUGGGAGAUGAACUGUGAGGACCAAAAACAGGAAUGGAAAUUUGUCAAUGAAGAGGUGGAACGGCAGUCAAUAAUUCUAGAUAAUCUUCAGGAAGAACUACCAGAAAGUCUUAAAGAGAAAGAGAAGGCCUCCACAAAUGCACUUUUAGAAUUGCUAGACUGUGUGGACUGUUACAAGGAAAAUAUGGACAGAGAGCAGCUGUUACUGCUUUUACUACUACAUCGUAUAAGAAGCAUCCUGAAUGUGCCUGAAAGCACAGAGAGAGAAACAUCGGUUCCUAUUCGAUACGAGAUACAUGCCAUGCAAGAUCGAUGUAGAAAGCUAUCUCAAAAGGCUCAAAAACACAAAAAUUCUAUACAGUCUGAGAUUCAGGAAAGAGACAAGAUUAAUGAAGAAAUAAACUCUGUGAGGAUGUCAUUACAAAAUACCUCAUUUUUGUUGUGUGAUGGAGAGUCACAAGACUCUACUGAAAAGGCAGCACAACUGGAGGAGGUUCAGAGAAUAAUUAACAGAGAGAAUCAAACUAUUAAGGAUAUUAUGGAGAAACUACGAAUCAAGUAUUCAGACAUGUAUACGAUAGUUCCUGCAGAUAUUGAAACACAGUUGCAAGGCUGCAAGAAAACAUUACAAGACCUAGAAGAGAAGGUUACCACCAGAAUCUUCCAGAACUCUCCUCAUUAUGUGAUAAAUAAAAAAGUAGAGAAUAUUAACAAUGGCCUGCAAGCUGUUGAAAAGAUGUUACAACAGAAGAGUGAAAACAUUGCAAAAGCCAAGGAAAUUCAAAAGGCAAUUUGGGAUAUGCUAGACCUUUGGCAUUACAAACUGAAUGAACUGGACUCAGAAGUACAAGAUAUAGCAGAGCAGGAUCCAUGUCACUCACAGGAAUGGAUGGAUAGCUUAAUGAUUCCUUUGCAGCAGUACCAGCUGGUCUCGCAACGCGCUGAGCUGAGAACCACACUCUUAAACAAGGCCAAUAGUAAGAUGGAGGAAUAUGAUGAACUCUUGAAAAGCAUGCAGCAUUGGAUAGAAACCACCAAUGGUUUGUUAACUGCAAAGGCUGAAAAUAACUCUGCAAAAGCCUUGAGUAAACAUGCCAGCGUCCUUCAAUUUGAAUUGGAAGAUUCAGAACAGAAGCAAAAUCUUCUGCACAGCAUCUAUUCACAACUGGAUGAGUUAUCAGUAAUCCUUGAAACAGAAAAUAUAGUGCAACAGAUAAAUGAAGUAAAUGGUCAAGUAAUAGCUUUACAGCAAAAGAUCAUGGAAAUUCUUCCUCACAUCCAGCACAUGGCUGAUGAAGUGAAUGUCAUUGAAUCUGAAGUUAAAAUAAUAGAGAAGGAUGUUGCCAAAAUUAAGACGAUCUUGUCAACAGAAGAUAUAUUAGAUUUUUCUCCUAAGGAGCAUCUUAGAAAUGGACUGGUUAUACUUGACCAUAUUAAUCGCUCGAAGAAGACCCUUGCUGAGAUACAGGGCUAUGAAGAAGGUCUUAGGUUACCAGGAAUGAGAAUGCAACCUCUCUUAGUCUUCAAAAGAGCAGCCAAACUUAUGAAAGAACUGAAAAUGUUAGAGAAAAUUACCAAGGAACAAAAUGUGCUACUGGAGUCGUUCAUAAAAGAGACAGAUGAAUGUGAACAAGAAAUUGAAAAAUUGAAGCAGUUCUUAAAGAACCAGCUGGGUGAACUGUCAAAUGAAAAACCAUUAUUUCCUCAGACUGCUUCCUGUCCAGAGGGGGAAAUGGAAGACAUAAAAGAACAGAUCAUAAAACUGUGUCAGAAAAAAGAUGACAUACUUACGGGCAUGAAGAGUUCAAUACUGGAACUUCACCAGCACUUACAAAAAGAACAACCUGAACCAGAGAGUGAACUUUCCAAACCUCUAGCACCCGAGGAAACAAGCUUGGUUGGAAAAGAUACCUCUGAACGACAGAUGAAAAAGAAGGGAUCAAUGUCUCUCCUACCAUCUUUAGUUGAAGAAACAGAAGAUAGUUCAUUCCUCAGUGAAGAAAAUGCCAUAGUGCCACCAGCUGAAAGUUUUUGGCCUUCAGGAAAAAGAGAUGAGCGAGACAAAGACGACAGUGGAGCUUCCUGGUCCUCUGGCACCUUAUCAGAUGGCAUUGCCCUGGAUGCUGAUGUGUUACCAGAAUCAUGUGAUAAACACAGCAAGGAAACAUCUUUUCAAGUUGCACAGAAAACUGGAAGUGAUGAAGACUGUGCUGCCGACCUUAAUAAUCAGGCAGUGGGUGAUACGCCUUCUUCUGUCACAAACACUGGCCAGUGCUUUCAAAAGAAACCGGGAGAAUCAAAGGAAACCGUGGAUAGCAAUAGGCCUGAGCCUGAAAAGAUCCUCCAUGUCUGCCAGGCACAGAUUACAGAGCUGGAGCUGUGGCUAGAAAAAGCUAAAGUGUCUCUGGAAUCAGAAACCCAGACCCCAGAAAUGCAGCAGAUGGUGGAACAGCAACUUGCUGAUUGCCAGGUUAUGUUGUCAGAGUUAGAACAAAAGGUUGUUUCUUUAUUGGAGGAUUGCAGAGAUAGGCAACAAGGAGAUAGUGCAGUUCCUCAGCAAGAAGCUGAGGCCCUUUCCUUGAAGCUGAAGGAUGUUAAGUGCAGUUUGGAAAAAGUCCAGGUGUUGCUUCAGGACAAAUACAGUGAAGAACAGCACAACUGUGAAAGGAUCCCUUCAGAGCUCCCCCAACCUGGCAGCUCCAAAGUAUCCAACUUGAUUACCACCGACACGCCACCAUUGAGCAGAUGUAAAGGUUUGCAGCAGCGUCAGGACCUGCUGUUAAAACCCACUGAGCAAAAUAAUCUUGUCGACUUCAUCAAGUUGUAUGUAGAAAAAAUGCAGCCACACUUUGCUGACGGUGCUACUCAGAAAUUAGAUUCAAGCAGUGAUUCAUCUAUCCCAAGGAGUGAGUUAGCUGAUCUGUUUUUGAGGGACCAGACUGGUGAUAAGUGGCAAUAUUUACAACAAGAACUGUCUGCUACGAUGAAGUCUCCUCUGUGUCAGCUUGCUGACCCUCAGAUUACAACAGAACUGAAUAUUCUGCCGAGAGGUGCUAUAUGUAGCAUUAAAACCCCAACUGUUGAGGAACUGAAAACCUACACCAUGAAACUUGGAGAUCUAAGCCAAGAAGCAAGUGUUGUGCAGACACAGGAAAAUGUAGCUGGGGAAGCUUCCUUAAAUUUGGAGAAAAAGCUCUUUGAGCUGCUUUUGGCGAUCAGUCAGUGUUUAAACAAUAUGGAAGAGAUGCUAAACACCUGCAUGUUCUCCAAUGAAGAGGCUGCUGUGCAGCAGGUACUGUGUGAGACACUGUCUCUAGAGCUGCAAAAACUUCAUGCAGAUAUGAGAGAGAAAAAGGAUGAUCUUUUAAAGUCUGUUGCCUGUGCCGAUGGGAGCACUGAUGUAUUUGUCCAGUGCUUUAACAACGUUCAAGCCCGGCUGGAACUAUCUCAAACUGCUGCUGCUUCUAGAAGCAAGUCAAUGAAAGCCGGGCUGGAUCACAGUAGUAAUUAUCAGAAUGAAAUCAGGUUAUUGUAUGAUCAGUUAAUUGAGAAAAAAUCUGCUCUACAACAAACUUUGAAUACAAUACGUCGGCAUAAUAUUGCUGAACAGCUUCAGAAAACUGAUGCAUAUGCGUUGGAGCUACAAAACUUUGAGACGCAAAUAGCAAAACUGAGAGAUCAUGGGGAGCAAUUUCAGUUACCCAUGGCUCUGGUCCAUGAAGUUUAUAAGUUAGAGGAUGUUCUGGAUGAUACUUGGGGGGUUCUGAGAGCCAAGUAUGUGGAACUAAAUUCUCCUUUCAUCAGCGAGAGCCAAUACGAAGGUUUGAUUCAUGGACUGGCGGAAUUGUUAGACAUUGGACAAGAGAAGGUUGCUCAGGACUCAAAGGAACUAGCGAAAAACAGAGCUACUUUACAGUCUCAUCUGCAAAAUCACAAGGACUUUUUUCAGAAGCUCGUCACUCAUAUGUUUGUCAUACAAUCGUAUUCCAAGAAGGUGGGCCCUGCUACCUUACAAAAGAAUGAAAAGUUCUGGACUGAGCUGGUGGAAUAUGUCAGAUCGCUGGAACAAAAGUCUUCCCAAUAUGGUGCACGCUUAGAGGGUUUAUUACAGGAAUGGACAGAAUUUGAUGAGGACUACGUAACAUUCACGAAAGAAUUAGAGGCACUUGCUUCUACAGUGCCUUCUGUGAAUUUGGUGGAAGAGACAGAAGAAAGAGUAAUGGAGAGGAUCACACUGCUCCAGCAAAUCAAAAGAAACAUUGAUGAACACCAUGCCAGACUUUACCAGAUGGUAAAGGAAGGGAAAAAAUUGAUGACUCUUGUGAGCUGCUCUGAUUUAGUAAAUCAGACUGGGAAACUAGAAGAAUUGUGGUUGUCCUUAACCAAUAAAGUUGGCCAUGAACUGCAUAGACUUCAAAUGUUACUCAAACUCUUGGUCAGCUACAACAGAGACUCAGACAAGUUAACCAAAUGGCUGGAGUCUGCCCAGCAGAGAAUGAAUUUUUGGAAGGAGCAGUCUCUCGAUGUCUCACAAGACUUAGAUACUGUCAGAAACAAUAUAGACAGCUUGUUUGCAUUUUCUAAGGAAGUAGAUGAAAAAUCAUCCUUGAAGUCAUCUGUCAUAAGCACUGGCAACCAGCUUCUUCUUGUGAAACAAACGGAUGCCGCAGCACUUAGAUCAUCUUUGGCACAAUUUGAGCAAAAAUGGGCAGAAUUGAUCACUCAGUUCCCCACCAUCCAAGAAAAACUGCACCAGCUUCAGAUGGAAAAGCUUCCAUCUCGUGAGGCCAUCACAGAAAUAAUGGCAUGGCUGAACCAUGUGGAACAACAAAGAGAAGAGGAGGCCGCUGUAAAUUUGCGAAGUAAUGCCUCACAGGUCAAAAACCUUCUUCAGAAAUAUAAGGAAUACCUGAUGGAGAUGAACUUUAAACAGUGGAUGGUUGACUUUGUUAACCAGUCACUAUUGCAGAUAAGCACUUGCGAUGUAGAAAGCAAGCGCUAUGAAAGGACAGAAUUUGCAGAGCAUCUUGGUGAGAUGAACCUGCAGUGGCACAGGCUCCAAGGGUCCCUGAACAGAAAGAUACAAGAUUUGGAACAUACUUUGGAAAUUGUCACUGAAAAUGAAAACAAAGUACAAACUCUGAGCAGCUGGCUGAAAGCUCAAGGCGAAAGGCUGAAAUCUUUGGAAAAGCCAGCGAGUCUGAUCUCAGUACAGACCACGCUGGAAGACUGUAAGGAGCUAGAAAAUCAACUUACAAUUAAAUCCAAAGCUAUUGAUCAGUUAAAGCAGAACUACAUGCCUUUGGAAAAUGGUGCAGAACAAACCUCAGAAGAUACAGUUGUCAGAAUGGAUAAGCUGCUUGAAAUGAGGAAUGGUAUCAUCAGUCAGGUGGCACAGUUAAAAACCUCAAUGCAGUCAGUAUUACAGCAGUGGCUAAUUUAUGAUGAAACUUAUGAAGAAGUUAACUUGAUGAUAAUGAGUUCUUUGUAUUGCCUACAACAAUGUAAACCUCCUGUAAUAUCAUUGGAAGCUUUGAAACACCAAGUGAAGAUUCUCCAGUCUAUUCAAGACAAAGCAGAGGGGAAUGAAGAAAGCUGGGCCAAGUUCCAGGCUUCUGCUGCUAACCUCAAGAAAUGCUGCUGUUCCUCAUUUGCAGAGAUUAUUGAUCAUAAAUGCAAGGAGGCACAUACAAGGUGGACUCUGGCAAAUGAAGAAGUCAAUGAUGAGCUACAGGCAACACAGGCUUUGUUACAGCUUUGGGAGCAUUAUGAUGGGUUACACAGCCAGGCAGUUUUGAGGUUAGAACAACAUGAAGAGCAGUGUCACCUACUCUUGGGAGCUCACUUACCUGAAGACAACAUGGCCGAAGUCCUGAAACAGAAGAUACAGGAUGUGAAGAUACUGCAACAAGGCCUUCAGCCCAUAAAGGGAAGCUUUCUCCAGGUUUCUGAGUUAACAGACCAGAUAGCACAACAUGCCAAAGCAGCCACACAAGCAGUUCUCUCCGACAAGGCGCAUCCUCUCCAGAGGAUAUCUUAUUUGGAAAAGAUGUUGCAGAUGAAAUCCGAUGAAUUCAAGUUCAACCUUUUACAAUUGGAGGAUUUCAAGAAUUGUCUGGACACAGUGGAAGCUCAAAUUAAGUCACCUGUAGAAGCUUUGGAUCAGCUGCAUGCACAAGGAAAAGAAGACGACUCAGAAUUGCUCAUGAGCCACAUGUUAGAGCUGGCAGCAAUGUCUCCUGACAUCGAGAAUCUGAAUGAAGUGAGCGUUAAGCUACCACUCAGUGACUUCACCGUGAAGCAACUACAGAGCCUGAAACGACAGUGGAUUCAGAAAACAACAGCAGCCCUGGAGCAUUUCAGAACAUUUGAAGGAAUUGAAGCAGACGAAAAGAAGCUUCUUCAGAAAUGUAAAAACUGGUUACAAUCUCUAGAAAAGAUGAAAGAGGCUUUAAAAGUGAAUAUUUCUGGCAGAUUUGAAAAGCUUCAGGAACAACAGAGAAUAUAUGAGAAGCUGCAAAUGGAGAUUUCUGUAAAUGAUCAGAUUUUUAAUUCUGUCAUAUCAAAAGGGUUCUAUUCACUGGGAACAGGAGAAGCAGAAAAAAGAACGGAGUUUAUUUCCACAAUCACGCAACUAAAGGAGGAGUGGCAGGGUGUUAUCCGCAGGGUUCAGGAGAGGAAGAAAGAUAUUGAUGGACUUGUGAAGCAAUGGCAGCACUUCAGGGUUUCUCAGCAGAAUCUCACAAAUGUUCUUACUUGUACAAGUAAUUUCAUAGCUGCUGUGAAGAGCCAGGACAGCUACAGCCUCUAUCAUCUUAGGAACCUAAUUCACAAUCUCAAGAACAAGGAAAUACUUCUUCAGAGGUGGCAAACCACAUACUCCCUUGCUGUCAAUAGUGGGGAAAAGUUACUUAAAAACACAGACCAGGAGACCAGCGCUGUAAUACAAGAUGAACUCAGCCGGUUACAGGAGAAUUGGAACGAUGCCCAGCUUCAAGUGGAGAAGAUCACGAAGCAGCUCCUCGGCACUGCGCAGACAUGGGACAGCUGUGAAAAACGAAUAAAGGAAUUGGAAAACAGGCUGCGACAGCUUAAGGCAAAAAUAAAAGAUCCACUUCCAGAUGAGGAUGAAGAGCUCCACAAAGCCAAGGAACAUAUUAAGGAACUGGAGAAGUCACUUGCAGGCUGGAAUCAAAACGUGAAAGAACUUGAUAAUAUGAAGGCAGACUUGGCUCAUUAUAUCCUUGCAGAAGAUGUGAUGCUGCUGAAGGAGCAAGUAGAGCAUUUGCACAGACAAUGGGAAGAACUCUGCUUACGAGUGUCUCUGCGUAAGCAGGAGAUAGAGGACAGACUCAAUGUGUGGAGUGUGUUCAAUGAAAAGAAUAAAGAGCUAUGUGCAUGGCUGGUACAGAUGGAAAGCAAAGUGUUACAGCCCGCGGAUGUUAGUAUUGAAGAUGUGCUAGAGAAAUUACAAAAGGACUGUAUGGAAGAAAUAAACCUUUUCAGUGAAAAUAAACUUCAUUUGAAGCAAAUGGGUGAUCAGCUCAUCAAAUCUAGCAACAAGAGCAGAGUGGCAGAAAUAGAUGACAAACUCAAUAAAAUUAACAAUCGGUGGCAGCAUCUCUUUGAUGUCAUUGGAGGACGGGUGAAGAAACUGGAAGGGACCUUUGCUGUCAUACAGCGGUUAGAUAAAACUAUGAGUAACCUGCGCACCUGGCUGGCUCGCAUUGAGGCGGAGCUUUCCAAGCCUGUUGUGUACGACAUCUGUGAUGACCAAGAAAUCCAGAAAAGACUUGCUGAGCAGCAGGAUCUGCAACGAGACAUUGAGCAGCACAGUGAAGGGGUAGAAUCUGUGUUUAAUAUCUGUGAAGCCUUGCUGAGUGAUUCAGAUGCUUGUGCUAAUGAGACGGAAUGUGACUCCAUCCAGCAGACUACCAGGAGUCUGGACAGACGAUGGAGAAACAUUUGUUCCAUGUCUAUGGAGAGGCGAAUGAAAAUUGAGGAAACCUGGCGCCUGUGGCAGAAGUUUUUGGAGGACUAUUCUCGCUUUGAAGACUGGUUGAAAUCAGCCGAAAGGACAGCAGCUUAUCCCAACUCUUCAGAAGUUUUAUAUACAGGUGCCAAAGAGGAGCUGAAGAAGUUUGAGGCAUUUCAACGGCAAAUUCAUGAGCGACUCACUCAGCUGGAGCUAAUCAAUAAACAAUAUAGGCGGCUUGCCCGGGAGAAUCGUACAGAUUCAGCCAGCAAACUGAAACAGAUGGUACAUGAAGGCAACCAGCGCUGGGACAAUCUGCAGAAGCGGGUUGCUGCCAUUCUAAGGAGGCUGAAGUACUUCACCAACCAGAGAGAUGAGUUUGAGGGAACAAGGGACAGUAUUCUUGUUUGGCUCACAGAAAUGGACCUUCAACUGACAAACGUGGAACACUUCUCAGAGAGUAACUUUGAUGACAAAAUGCGGCAAUUAAAUGGUUUCCAACAGGAAAUAACCCUAAACACCAAUAAGAUUGAUCAGCUAAUAGUUUUUGGAGAGCAGCUCAUUCAGAAGAGUGAACCUUUGGAUGCUAUCCUGAUUGAAGAUGAGUUGGAGGAACUGCAUAGAUAUUGUCAGGAAGUGUUUGGACGGGUCUCUCGAUUCCAUCAAAGAUUGACUUCCAGGCAUCCUGGAAUAGAAGAUGACAAAGAUACAUCUGAAAAUGAGACAGAUGCAGAAGACUCAAGAGAAAUCCAAAAUGAUCCCUGGCAUAAGAAGGCAAUAAAUGAGCUGCCUUCUUCCCAGCAGUCCCUUUGCCAUCUGGUUUCCCCUGCACCUGCUUAUGAAAGGUCAGGCUGUGAGACCCCUGUCAGUGUUGACUCCAUCCCACUUGAAUGGGAUCACACAGGUGAUGUAGGAGGCUCGUCCUCUCAUGAGGAUGAAGAAGAAGGAACAUACUACAGUGCUCUCUCUGAUAUAGAAAUCACUGAAAAUCCAGAGGCAUAUCUUAAUAUGACCACAAAAACUUUGAAAGCAUCUUCUGGAAAAUCCAUUUCAGAAGCUCUUACCUGGCAUUCCCCGGAUAGCCCAACCUGCAGGAAACAUCAGUACAACCAGACCGAGAUGUUAAGAAAUGUACAGUCUGGAAGCCCAGAGACAAGCACCCCAUAUAAGCCAGGCUAUGCUAAACUGCUAGUGUCUGCAAGCAGUGGGAACAUGGACAGUGUGAAAGAAGCGUCUGCUGUAUUGAAUGAUGAGGAUCCCCAAAAUGAUCAGGGGCUUGUGAACAUUGCAGCUGCAGAGAAGCAAUCAGGUGUUAUUGAGAAAUGGGAGCUCAUUCAAGCUCAGGAUCUAAGAAAUAAACUUAGAAUGAAACAGAAUCUGCAGCAGUGGCAACAACUGAACUCUGAUCUCAGUGAUAUUACUGCUUGGCUGGAUAAAACUGAAGAAGAGCUGGAAGAAUUACAGAAAGCAAAGCCUGCAACCAGUCUGCACGCAAUAGAACAAAGAGUAAAGAAACUGAAAAACAUGCUUAAAGCCUUUGAUAAUUACAAGGCUUUAGUGUUCUCCGUUAACCUGAGUAGCAAGGACUUCCAGCAAACAGAUAGCACUGAAUCCAAAGAGCUUCAAAACAGACUUCGACAAGUGAAUUUGCGCUGGGAGAAAGUAUCUCAUUCAAUGGACAACUGGAGAAAGGGUUUAAAACAAACCCUAAUGCAGUGCCAGGACUUCCAUGAACUGAGUCAGAAACUACUCUUGGGACUAGCAAAUGCUGAAAGUCGAAGACAUAAAGCACAAUUCACUGAUCCAAAUUCUGACCCUCAUACAAUACUGGAGUGCCAAAAAGAAUUAAUGCAACUGGAGAAAGAGCUGUUGGAACAGCAGCUUCAAGUAAAUGCUCUACAGGAAAUCUCUACCUACCUUCUGGUUAAGUCAGAUGGAGAAAAUUAUAUUGAAGCUGAUGAAAAGAUACACAUAAUUGGAAAGAAACUGAAACAGCUUCUUGAACAGGUUUCACAUGAUUUAAAAACUUCACAAGGAAACAUGGACAAAAGUGCAUUUCUCCCAGCUGCAGAUGACUUGGAUUCUGGAGGUUAUCAUCCAUUAAUAGUGAAAUCCAAACCACAAGAAAUGGUUGGUGUAAGGAGAACUUCAGAAAGGAAGAGCAACAACAGUGUCAGACUGGAAAACCAGCAAGCCACUCAAGCAAGUUCCAGCCCCCACUCCUUCUUUUAUCGUGUUUUAAGAGCAGCUUUACCCCUGCAGUUCCUCUUCCUUUUGUUUUUGCUUCUGGCCUGCAUGAUCCCAUCGUCAGAGGAAGAUUACAGCUGCACACAAGUGAACAAUUUUGCUCGCUCUUUCUAUCCCAUGCUGAGAUAUACCAAUGGGCCACCUCCAACCUAGAAAGCAUCCCAUCUCCUUACAAUAUACCAAAACACGAUUUUUCAUGGGUGCUUAUUUUCAUGCUGCUUCUAUCAAGCACUGCAUUGGUGUAGUUAAAUAUAGAAAGUUCCAUUUGGUUUCAUAUUUUGACCUUCUCUGCUAUGCUUUCCUGACACUGGUUUCCUGGGUGCCACAGCAAGAAUCUGUGUACUACCAUUGAAAUAUAAGUGAGGCAUUAGUUCAAUAGCCUAUUUCCGAUGCAUAGCAGGGCAGCGAACAUAUUAAACCUCAAAAGACCUUUUCCGAAAUUGGGAGGGUUUUUUGUGAGAAAUACAGCAUUAAUUGUACAGAAAAUGAACUUUUUCUAUAAAUUUUUUAAAACUCUAUAAGCAGCAUACUUUGAUGCACUAGAUAUAUUAUCAUUUUAUAAAUACAGUCCUCAUAACAUAGAAGGUCCACAGAACAAAAGUUGACAGAUUAAUAAUGGGACACCAAUUACAGCAAGUACAGUAAUGUUAAACACAGAUGGUCUGUAUCGUGGUUUAAUAUGUGCACUUGGCUUGCCUUUGUCACAUGAUUGGCAACAGUUUGCAUCUUCAGGUACUGUAGUAAACUGAUAGAAACAUGUACAUGUGAUAUUUUUGUUAUACUGUACUCAGUGAACAUGAUACAUAUUUUAUGUGCAGUGUUGAGGACUGCUGUGUUUUAGUUGGAUGUGUCUUUUUUCAUACUAUGUUUUAAAUAAGAAUUGAUUAUAUUGCA